AACUAUUUUGACAUUGUGUCUAUGAAUGUAGUAGCAGAUGGGUUUGUGCAGGAGGCUGGUGGUGUUGUUGCCAUUGAUCUUUGUAGGCCACAGGGUUGGCCUUUGUGGUCUCCUUCUCUAUUAUUCGUUUGUGCUGUUUAGACUUUAGAGGACGCUUGUCCUGUGUUUGUUUCCCUACUGCCCAAUAUAUCAGUUGAAGGAGGCUGUUUCCUUUCCCUUCCUUGCUGCUCCAUCUUGCUCCACACAUGGGUGGUGACACUGUCUUCACGUUUUUUCUCCUCUUCCUGUUUCUCUCUUAUGCUACUGCUCGUGAUAGGUGUGUGCAUCAGUCCAUGGCGGCCUACUCCUCCUCUUCCGGCCUCUCUGUUGGAGCUUGUGGGUAUGGCUCCAUGGCUUUGGGCUUCAAUGGAGGUUAUACUGCAGCUGGGAGCUCUACGCUUUACAGAGGGGGCGUUGGUUGUGGAGCAUGCUUCCAGAUAAGAUGCAAGAACACAAGUGUUUGCAGCACAGAAGGGGUAAGCGUGAUCCUGACGGACCUUAACAAGAGCAACCACACUGAUUUCGUGCUCGGUGACCCUGCUUUCACGGCCAUGGCACGAAAUGGCAAGGAGCAAGAGCUCAAGAAACUUGCCAUUCUGGAUGUGGAAUACAAGAGGAUCGCUUGCGAAUAUAAGAACCGGAACCUAUCUGUCAGAGUGGAAGAGAGUAGCAGAAGCCCCAGUCACCUGGCCAUCAAGUUCCUGUACCAGGGAGGUCAGACUGACAUGGUAGCAGUUGAUGUAGCUCAGGUCGGGUCACCGAAUUGGCGGUUCAUGCGCCGGGAUUAUGGUCCAGUCUGGAGCAUCAGCCGGGCGCCGGUUGGGCCACUGCAGUUGCGGAUGGUGGUGACCGGCGGCUACGGCGGCAGGUGGGUGUGGGCUCAGAAGGCGGUCCUGCCGGUGGAGUGGACAACCGGUUCAGUCUACGACUUGGGUGUUCAGAUCACUGACAUUGCCCGGGAGGGCUGUCGCAUCGAAGAAUAGAAGUGACACAGGAAUUCUUCAUCCUGUACUUGUUGUCUCUGAAGCAGAAAUGAGGGGACUGGAAUCCUUGUUCAUAUACUCGUCUCUGAAUAGAAGUCACACAAGAAUUCUUCAUCCUAUACUUGUCAACCUACUUGGUAAUUGGAAUCCUUGUUCCUUUGUACAGGUUCA